UGAAAACCAUUUCCGCCAUAUUAAGUUUGUAUGAAACAAAAAUACAUCAUGGGUUUUACAAUCAUGGUUUAUUUCUGACGCACAGUAGAGGAAUUUUUAAAUUAUGUCUUCUCAUAAACUCUGUUAUGGAAAUAACUGAAGGGCGUUUCGAGAAAUCAACUUACAACAUUAAUCACUCUGCGUUAUGCUGUUACUACAGUAGCAGUGGGUUCGAUCAUUCAUUAUAAUUAUAAUAAUUAUAAUUAUUCAUUCAUUCACUUUCUAAACUUUCUUUAAUUGUUUAUUGAAUUUUUUUUUUCAACUAUUUUUUACAACUUUUAUUGACUUAUUUAAACUUCAAUGCUUAAUUAAUUUAUUUUUAACCUUCACGUCUAGUCUACUGCCUACUUUAAUUGUAUUAGUCAUUAAAUUUAAUUAUAUUUAAUAUUUUAAUUUUAUAAGGCAAGGCCUAGGCCUAGUUAUACUUGACUUACUUUUAUGACUAUCUAUACUUAUAAUUUAAUCUAUAGUAGACAUUUGAUUGUCAUAGUCAUUUACAUUAGAUUAUAGUUGUGGGCCUAGUUACUCCAGAUUAGUCUGGAUGGCCCCUAAUUAUAAUAUAUUAGUAAUAGAAGUUUUAACAUAGUGUAGGCUUAGUUACUAAGACUAAGUUAUAAGUUACUAACAAUUGCCGAAUUUUUUUCCUGCGAACAUGAGUGUCGCAAAUGAUAUUUCAAAAGCAAGAAUAUUUUUAAUACUUCUUACCUUAAGCAUAAAGAAUCAUAUAUCCAAUAGCAUUAUCGGCUCAUCAGGAAUAUAAAUAAAGUAAAUGUAAAUAAAAACUGUAGCCCCUUUUAAAAUUACAUUUUGCUUUGAACUAGACGUACAAUGUUCUUGAUGGACAUGGUUUAUCAGUAGCACCUACCCCAUUAGAUUAUCUAAAUGUUCACCACUCAAAGUGGUACGUUUUUGGACCUCUUGUUGGUCAUUUCAGAGAACCCCGCUUCACUGAUGUACCAGUAAUAAAAGUGUAUAAUCUGUGUUACAAAUGUGUAAAACAUUCUGUAAAAAUAGCGUACACUUAGAUGAAAUGUUAAAAAAUGGUAACAUAAUUUAUUUUUUAAAGUUUAAAUGCAAAUUAUCAUGCCUAAGAAUUUAUUAAAUAAUAUAGCAAUAUUUUAUUUAGCCUCUCCUUUCAUAUUUUUAAAAUAAUUUAUUUAUCAGGAUACUAUUCUGCUUGAUUCUAAUUCAAUAUGGACUGGGAUCCCCAGCGACCAAGUGCCCCUUCCACUCCUUCCAGUAUGUCAAGCCAGUCAACUGGCAACAGUGGAAUUCGGGCUGAAAAACUCCCAACCCUCAAACAAAUAUCUCCCAGUCCGUCAGUAGCUGCAUUAUCAAAACUAACAGAUGAUGAAUUGCGAAGAAAAGGCAAGAAAUUAAACUUUAAAGUUAAUUUUUAUAAACUUAUUUUGGAUACUGUAUUGAUACGGUAUCUAAUAAGUCUCCUACUAAUGUAUUUUUUUUUCAUUAUUGUUUUGUUAUGGCACUAGUUUGCUAAUAUCAAUUCUAAAUGUAAGUGCUUGAUGCAUUAUUUCAUAAAAUCAAGUUCUUAAUUACUAAUUAAAUUACAUUGCUAAGUAAAGGUAGGUUAAUUUUAUCAUCAUAAAAAUUUGAAAAAUUAUUUUUCAGGUGUGGAAGAUCUUAUAAGAAUACUGCGAAGAGUUGAAGGAGAUUACAAAUCACUGUUAGGUGAACAUGGGAACAUAGUUAAAGAUGUCAACAGAAGAUAUCAAAUUUUUGUGCUUGAGACGCGCAGCCUAAAGGAAGUAAACCAGAAAUUACAAGAUGACAACCAAGAACUCCGUGACCUAUGCUGUUUUUUAGAUGAUGAUAGGCAGCGAGGGCGUAAGCUGGCCCGCGAGUGGCAGCGAUUUGGGCGAUACACUGCCAGUGUCAUGAGAAGCGAGGUAAUUUUUUUUUUUACUUAUGUUACUCAUUUAAGUUUUUACAACUUGUAAAGCAAUCCAUGAAUCCAAAUUUUUGUUUUAUUUUAAGGUUGCAGUGUACCAAGAGAAGCUUAGAGAAUUAGAGGACAGGCAAAGUGAGCUGGUUACUGAAAAUAUUGAACUAAAAGAACUCUGUCUGUACCUUGAUCAAGAACGCAUUCGGAUGACUGGAGACAGAGACGAAGGUGAUGGCAGCAGUAAUGGUACAGUAACUGGACAUGAAGAUGGUGUUAUUGCCAUGGAUACCAAUGGCACUCUUACUCCCACACCAGCUGGUGGGUUUGAUUUUUAUUAACAUUGUUGUUUUAAUUUUAUGAGGUUAUUUUAUAAUAAAUCCUUUAUAAUGUUAUUCUUAUGAUUUUGGUGUAAAUUGUACAAUUGUCAUAUGUCUUUUACAAUAAAUUGUAUGCCGAAACCUGUAACAACUACAAUUGUAAGAGACUAAGUUGAAAAAAAAAUAUUCCUGUGGAUUUUUCCGAUUUAAAAAAAAAAUUUAAUAAAAUUUCGGUUGAUCGUUUUACUCCUUUCAACAUCCAGUGGUGAAUGGACAGAAAAAUAGGAUUGGUUGGGGACCGUCCAUAAUUAUAUUUUAUGUGCUCUGAGAGGGGAAGGUAGGGGUGCUUUGUAGAUAUGGCAACAGAAAUAUUCAGCGUAGUUGCCAUAGUGACAAAUUUAGUCUACAUUUGCUUUUGUUUGCAUUUGUGCUGUAUGGUUUAUUUUUGUGACAUAAUUAAGAUAAAGGAAAAUUAUUUUUCCCAGCAGUAUUUCUUCAGUUGUUCUUUGAUUAAAUGUAGAAUAAUGCAAAAAUUAGUUCAGGUAUAUGCUAAAAUGAAUACCAGUAUUUUGAAUUUCUGAAAAAAAUCUAAAACCAAUCCCCUCCUAUAAAUGUCAGUCAUGGACUUGGAAAAGUGACUAUUUUACAAAUGCAAUGCUAGUAGUUAUGGUAUACAUUAAUACUGUAUGUUUAUUUAUUACUAUUACCAUACAGUAUUGUAAAAUUUCGAAUUGUGAAGUACUAUUCUAAAAUGAUGUUGUACCAGGUUUUUUUAAGAGUCCACCAAUGCUUUGUAUGGUCAAUUAUGGGCUUUAACCUUUUAAGUAAUGACGCUUCACUUCUCAGAUCAAUUGAAUUGUCAUUCGAUGUAUGUUAUUUUGUUCCAUAAUUUUAAUAACAAAUUUGACUUUUUUACCUCUAAGCCUCUGGUCCGACUGCUAACUAUGUCAGGGAGCUUGAGUUGAAAGUUCACAGACUUGAGGAAGAAAAAAAACUUCUGGCACGUGUAAGAUUUUUUUUUUUUUAAAGAUUCAUUAUACCUGUUUUUUUUCUUUACUUGUGAAAUUUUACUUUAUGAAAAAAUUAUUUCUUGAUUUUCCAAUUUUUAAAAUUUGUGCUUUGUAAGCUAGUAAAAAAAAAAAAAAAACUAAAGAAAAAAAUAUUUUAUAGCCAAAUCUUUUACUUUUAUAUCCCAGUUGGUAUUUAGCUCCAAAGUGAAGAGCAUUGUUUUUAAAAAACUAAUAACAAAUUCAUUGUCUUAUAACACAUAUGCUGAUAAAAUACAUUUAUAUUUAUAUAAUAUACAUUUAAAUAAUUUCAUACCAUCAAAUAUGAUUUGUAAAAUUAUAUUCCACACCACAUUUUUGUGUGGAUAUGGCAGAUAAUUAAAAGAUCCUCUUUUUUUCUUCCUGGUGUGUGCUUAAAUAGCUUAUUCUCAUCGUUAAUCGUGCUUUCUCAGUGACAUACAAAAUAUUAAAAAUCAUCCACAACUAGACGUUUCAUUGCUUUUAUUUUUUUACAUUUAAGGAAGAUUUCUUUUGUUCUUAUUCUUAUUUACCUUUUUAAGUCCCAUUGAAGCAUGGGCUAUUAACAAUAUCUUUCCAUGCCUACCGGUCACUUGAAGAAUUCUAACUCGGAAAGAUCUUAAUUCAUCCUUUUCUACCUCUGUAGAUCAGGUGUUGUUAGGGUCAGUCCGGUCCCCUUGAUCUUUCUGGGUUCCAUUACAGUCCAUGCCAAGUUAUAUUUGACAUCCAUUUUGACAUCCAUUUUCUCAUCAUGAGCCUCUUUUAUGAAUUUCUUGGUUUUUAGAAAAAACAAGAUGUAGUGUGUUGUAUUUACUAUAUACUGAAUUUGUGUUUCUUAUGCAAAUCUUUUUAUAGAGGAUUGAUUGUAAAAGCGCUGAAGGAUUGGACAGAAUCCUCACUUCCGAUGGGAAUACAUCUCUUUUAUUAAGUGAUCCGGUUAGUGAAUUAAGUUGAUCAAUAAAUAAUUGGCCCAUAAACAAUAAUCUGCAUUUAUAGAAAGAAAACAACAAGGGCUAACAAUAUAGUUUUACACAUAGUUUUAUCUUUUAGAUUAACAUUUUAUAAAUAGUUGGAAGCAAAAUGAAGACUUACAUUAUUAACAUUUCAGGAAAGACUUAAAAAUUUGGGAUAAAAUUAUAAUUGUUUUUUGCACUGGUGAAAGUUGAUCUAGAAAGUCCACUCAUUUUCAGUUUUUAAUGUCUUACUGUUUGUCCCUCUUUGGUGUUGCAUGUUGUAGUCAGUGCAUGGGUCAGUUCCUGGUGCAGUCGGUUUGAGAAAGUCACCAGUGACUAGCAAGCCAGAAGCUGUAGUGCAUGCAAUGAAGGUUUGUCCAGAAUUCCAACAAUUAUAUAAUGAACAAAGAGUUUUUGUGUUUGCAUAGUCAUGAAAUAUUUUUAACAUUUUUUUAAUGUUAAAGGUACAUUCCCUGACUUAAGUGACUUUAUAUCCAGUAGUUUUUUUUAAAGAAACAUCUGUUUCAAAAUUCUUUGACUGAAUUCAUUCCGCUUAUAUUUAAAAUCACUUAAGUAAAUUAUUUUAAUUAUUAUGAAAAAAAAAACACUCAGUGCUAACAAGUUACGGAGAUGCAUGAGCUGAAGCAAAGAUCCAUUUCUGCAAAAAACUGGUACAGGAAAUUGUUAACAUAUUUGCUGUUAUUUUUUUGGGUUGUUUCUUUUUAUUGUACAUGAAAAAACAUAUUAAAAAAUUAAUUUAAUUUUAAGUUGUUGAAGUUAUAGUGGAAAGAGUCAUAUCUAGAAAUAAUUUUAUUCUGAUAUUUGAUGAAUUCCUUGGGUUGUAAGCUGUUAGGAAUCUUUGUCACAGAUUUAAAUUUGAGCCAGCAACAUUAUUUUUCACUAGGUACUACAAGUUCAUGAAGAGCUAGAAAAAAUGCCCAUUGAAGAUGAAGAUUUAGAUGACCCAGAGAAAGCUAUUGUUAGAGAAAUGUGUAAUGUGAGUUGAUGUACACAAAUAGAAUUGAAUCAAUUGUUGCAUUCUUCAUAUACCUUAAUUGAAAGCAAUUGCCAUUCUUAGCAUACAUUAUUUUAAAGCAAUUGUUGUCAUUCAUGACAUACUUAUUUGAAAGCAAGUGUUUUGAAUUAUAAUAAUGCAUGUACUUUCAUUUGGUGUCUGUUUUAUUAUUUUUAAUAGUAAAUGCAUGCGUUUAAAAAAAAUAUAUAUAUACAGUAUUCUAAAUAAGUGUACGGUACCCAGUAAGUCUGAAUGGACAUAUGCAAAGUAAGGUUAAUGAAAGGGCUUUUUUUAAAAUCUUAAAAUGGUGUUUUAGUUGCUUUAACCUUAAUAGUUGAAUACAUAUGUGAGUCUGUCAUUAUAUCUGUUUUUAUAUUACAUUGAAGGUUGUUUGGCGCAAACUUGGAGAUGUUGAGGAUUUUGGAAGCUUCAAUGACUCAUCAGAUAGUAUUUUAGAUCCUCCUUACAUACCAGGCUCACUAAGCAAGGCUAACGCUCCUUUGUCAACAGGACUGGCUCCAGCACAUAUUCAACCACAACCCCAGAUGGCCAGCACACCAAUGGCUGCUGUCACAAAAACUCAAACUGUUAGAAAUCAGAUUGGAGUAGGAAGCGCAGAUCAACCUCAACUACCCCCUUAUCAGUUUCACCCACAACGACAAGAAAGGCACCACCCAUUGAAGUCUAAUGAAGUCCCUUUCCAGCAUCACCCAAACCAUAUGACCCAGAACCACAUAGAUCCUCCUGGAAGGGGACGACUAGAUUCUGAGAAGGCUAAGAACUUUCAGGAGAGAUCGGAAGAAGGCAAACGAAACCCUGAGCAAAAUUACUCGCAGCAUUUGUUAUCUGACACAAUGAAUAAACCUGCUGCUCAGCAGUACCCUGCGCAUAAUGUAUUUCCCCCAACAUCAUCUCAACGUUACAUGGAUUCAAAUAAUUUCUCCACACAAAACUUGUCAGAGCAGAAUACGAAAUCUUCCCAACACCGUCAUCCGCCCCCACCCUUGCAGCCACCACCUCCUGUUGUUCCUCGAAAUUCUCAGAAGUCAUUGGAGUUAGGAGGCCCCCAACAAGGUGGACACUUCCAUUCACAGCGCCAUGACUCGCUCCCCAAUCAACCCAGCCAACAGCAGCGCAAUGUUGGGUAUUCCAACUAUGGGGGAGGUGACAGUGUUGGUCAGGGUUUUCAACGGUCUGUUCCAUCACAAAUAAUUUUAGCACCUAAAGCAGAGGGUUUUAGAAAAGAAUCUAACAACACUGUCAUGCAAAGACCACAAAGUAGAGGUGAUGGCACCUUUGAAGAAAGGAGUUCCUCAGAAAGAGAUACUCAACUAAGAGCAUCAACAAGGUCAUUUUCAUCAUCGUCUGCCUUAAAUCAGCCCAUCUCCCAAAGCCAAGCAUCCAACCACCCAACUACGGCAUCGCAGCUCAACUUGAGAGCUCCGUCUGGAUUCAGGGCAUACCCUCCUCAGAUGACCUCUGUACCAACACAACAAGUGGCAUGGCAAGGGGGAACCAGGGGUCAGGAGCCAACUACAAAUCUCUACCAGCAGGAACCCAGGUCAGCUCCAUAUCAAUCAGAUCCAACAUCUCAGGCUAACUACAACAUGACGCAGCAGGGAAGAAGUUAUCCCAACAAAAGGUUUCAGGAGCAGGAGUGGAGACAAACAUAUCUGGAUGACAGUGACACUCUCUGAGUCAGGAUUCAUACUGACACCGACAGACAUCUCUAGAUGAUGGACAAACAUAUCUAAAUGACAGUGUUACCGGUACACUCUAUAAAUCACUGUCAAGUUAUUUUUUUAAAAUUGUUUUUGUCGUGCCCCACUUUUGUUGUUUGCUUAGCAAUCAAUAAGCAUAAAGAUGUUUUCCAAAAUUACUUAGCAUGCAUAAAUAAACCCUAGCAAUAAUACUUAACUUCAUCAAUAUCAUUGUAACUGAUAAUUAGGUUCAUAUUUUAAUCAGUUGAUUUUUUUUUAAACACAGUAUUUCUCAUAUCAUUUAAUAACCUGCAAGAUUAAUAUUUUGUGUAUUUUUCUUGUUUUGUGGUUAAUUCUUGACAUUUGAUAUUUCACCAAUCAAGUGCCUGAUUUAUUCUCAUGACUAUCUUGAGUGUUUAACAGGAUCCGUCCAUAGAUUUGCACAGACAGCACUGCAAGGUUUUGCAGUUUAAAUGGUCCAGACAGCCUUUGCUACUAUAUCAACAUCCAUUUAUUAAUAGAUCCUCCAAUAGAGUUACUACAACAAAAUUUGAUGCUUCCUAUAAGAUUUAGUUAAUGAUUCAGUUACUUUAUAGAUUAAUAAUCCCCUUAUUGCUACAUCAGCAUUUCUUAAAGCAGAUAAAACUGAUACAAAUUCAAAAAUGGAACAAUGUACAAUUGUGGGAUUUUUUUUCAAGGGAGUUGAUAAGUCUUCCAGUUUAUCCGUUUGUAAAUGUUUAUUUUUUUUAAUUAUGUAAACCUAGACCAGGUUGGUUUUGUUUUCUUUGAAAGUUUUUAAUUAGAAUUAUCAUAGUGCUUAAAAAUAAUUAUACAGAUAGUUUAAUAGCAAGUCUUCAUAGUAAUUGAUAAUGUGCCGGUAGCAUGAUUAAUCAGAUCUAUGGGUAAUACACAAGCUAAAAGCAUUGAUUUAUGUGUGGUCGAAUUUGAGAGGAUAGAUUCCAGGGCCCUUGGCUAUGAUUAUUUUCAUUGCAUGUAAUAAGAUCCGGCCAAAUUUAUCACUGUACAUGUAGGCUGAAAAUAAACAUAUGGAGGAAAUUUAUACUAAUUGAUCAUAAGAGUAGAGAAUGAAACAUUUUUUGCUUUGCAUUUCUAUGCAAGGCUUAAAUGAAGGAAAUGCGUUUUCAUAUCAUGGUUGUAUAAUUGUAAAUGUGUACAUAAUAUUUACUGAAUGAAAUCUAGCAAUUUGUUAAUUUGCUUAAUGUAAAUUUGUAUAACUUACUGUUACAUGAGAAUCAUAUGCAAAUCUUGAAUUAAGCAUGUGUUAAGCUCCAGAACAAAAUCCAUAUUUACAUUAAUUGUAUUUUGUACUUGAUUUUAAAAUUAGUAUAUAAUAAUAAUGACAAAGAUCUUGCUGGCCUAGGAUCAUUCAAUUAUCACAAAUGAAAAUUAAGCUUCCGACAUAAGUCAUGGCAAUUUAAUAUUUCUUCUUCUUCUUUUUAAAAACUUAAUGGCUUCUAGAAAAAACUUAAUGGCUUCUAGAAAAUACUUCUAUUUUCGGUUUAGGAAUGAUUAUUUAUUGAUAUCUUCCUUUUCUUAAAAAAUAUUCUUAAAAAAUAUCCAGUUUUCUGCAAACUAGAAAUUUGUAAAAUGUUUCUCUUUUUCCCUGGAACAAUUCUAAUUGAAUUUAUUUCAGUUAUCAGCGAAGCCAAACAUAUUUAAGGCAGCAAAUGUACCGGUACUAAUAUUUGAAACUAUAAAAUUCUUAAAACACCAUUGUCUAAAGUAAAGUGUCAAUUUUUUCUGAUGUAGUCCUCAUAGACUUAUCAAUAAUUUUAUGGAAUAGCGACCUGCUGUUUAGGUAAAAUGUUAUUUACCUUAUGUUUUUAAAUAAAACUUGCAUUUAUAAAAAAUAUAUUAUAUAUAUUACUUAUUGUGAUGUUUCAUUUGAUUGCUUUUAAAUGAAGAUAUGUUAAACAUAGUAUGUAAGAGAAAUCUUGAUAUUUUCAAAUUUUACUGAAAUUUGUAAUUAACAUUUAGGAAUGGCAGAGCAUUUAUUUACAUUUUCUACUUUGCAAAUUACCUUAUAAGGAGUGAAAAGGCGAUUCAAAAAAUGAAACACUUGAAAUAAGUGCAUGAAUAAUAAAUAUAAUAUCUAGAUGCAGGUUUUACUGAUUAACUAAAACAGACAUUGUUAAGUUAUGACUAGUCAGGUUUUGCAUUUGUUUUUAUGCUCCUAACACUAUAUUUUUGUGUGUAAAAUUACAAGUUUUCUACCUAUAUUAAUAUUAAUCUGUAAAAGAUAUUUGGUUUGAACCUAAUUGUGACUCAACAGACUUAAUGUC